GUUUCUUGGCUCGUUCUCUUUUGUUCGUUAAAGUUCCAUCGUGCCAAAGUCCCAACCUUCGGUUGAUCUCUCUCGCUCUCGCUGCUGCCAGACGAGACUUCAAGAUCCCUCUCUUUGCGAUUCCUCCGGCCAUCAAUGGAGGCGGCCACCGGAGCUGUAGCGCCGCCGCAAGAACAGCAGCAGCAGCCAGCUGCUGGAAAGACGGAGCGGCUGAACACCGCUGUGCAGCAGCAGUUGAAUCUCGACUCCGUGAAGACUCGCGCUCUGAGUCUCUUCAAGGCCAUCUCACGCAUCCUCGAGGAUUUUGACGCCUAUGCUCGUACCAGCACCACCCCCAAAUGGCAAGAUGCACUGGGGCAGUUUUCAAUGGUCAAUAUGGAGCUCUUCAACAUUGUGGAAGACAUUAAGAAGGUUUCUAAAGCAUUUGUGGUGUACCCAAAGAAUGUGACUGUGGAGAAUGCUACAAUACUGCCUGUAAUGCUAUCAUCAAAGUUGUUACCAGAGAUGGAAGCAGAGGACAAUGCAAAAAGGGACCAAUUGUUGUCUGGCAUGCAAAAUGUACCAAUACCCACGCAAAUUGAAAAGAUAAAGGCAAGAAUUGAUAUGAUUGCAGCAGCAUGUGAAGCUGCUGAGAAAGUUAUAGCUGAUGCUCGGAAAGCCUAUGGAUUGGGUUCACGCCAAGGACCAACUCUUGUUCCAACCUUGGAUAAGGUACAAGCUGCAAAAAUUCAAGAACAGGAGAAUCAACUUAGAGCCGCUGUGAACUAUGGCGAAGGUUUGCGCAUUCCAGUAGAUCAAAGACAUCUCCCAUCUUCCCUUCCAAGUCAUUUGGUAGAUGUGCUUACUUUUGGUGAUAGCACACAAAGUUUUGGCGACAAUUCUGGCAUUUAUCAAAAGAAUACUCCCACCUUCUCAUCCAACAAUGUUAAUGCUCAGGGCGGGGUAAUGCAGGCUGCUGGAGCACAGUUAAUUGGAAGAUCUGUUCCAUCACCCUCUGGUGUUACAGGAAACACUAACUUUGACAAUGUCAAUGCAUCAACGCCACCUAUGCCUUAUGCCAACUCACCUAGAUCUGGUACAAAUAUGAUGAAUACACCCUCUCCUCAGCAACAGUCACAGCAACAACAACAAAGGCAGAAAAUGAUGCAAAUUCCUCAACAUCAACAGCAGCUUCUUGCUCAGCAACAACUGAGGCAGUCUACAAAUCCAGGAGUAUUAGGACAAAACACUAUAUCUCAAUUGCAUGAUUUACAGGGGCAGGCUCAGCAGAAGUUUCAACAGGUGCCUGGCCAGCAUCAGAUGCAGUUUUCUCAAUCUUUAUCACAGUCACAGUUCCAGAACAGACAAAUGCAAGCUGCGCACCUACAACAUAACAUUGCUCAAAAUCAACUCACCCAAGGAAAUCAGCUUAGGAAUCAUUUGAGCCAAUUUACUGGAAGCGCUAACAGUGCAUUGUUCAAUGCUGCACAGUCACAACCAAAUUCUCAAAUGUUAGCAAACAUGUCAGCUACAAUGCAAUCACAGUCACUUAUGCCACGAGUGCAGUUUGGCUUAUCUGGUGCACUUCCUCAAAGGAACCAUUCUUCGCAAAUGCUAAAUGAUCAAAUGUUCGGCGUGGGUGGCUCGAACAAUGCUAGUAUGGUAGCAAUGCAACAACAGCAACAUGGUAUUCAAGGUGGAUAUGGUAACAUGAAUCUUCAGGCAAACACUCAGAACCUUCAAGCUGGUAUGGUUGGUCUCCCAAAUGCUUCCCAGAACCCGAAUUUUCCUCAACAGAGACAGCAAAACCAGCAAUGAAUUUACCAAAUUAGAG